AUGAGCUCGGAAGCCCCGCGCAAUUCGUCGGAACAGCCUCGGACCAGAAAACGUGCCCGGUAUACGCAGGUGGCUUGCAAUGAAUGUAAGCGUCGCAAGUUAAAAUGUAGUGGUGAGAUUGUCUGCGCGCGCUGUGAACGUGACGGCGUCCAGUGCGUUUAUACGACCAACGCCCAUGUCGCGACCAGAACCCCUGAUGUGGGAGAAUCGCAGGAUGGCCGGGUGGACUCCCAAUUUCGCAUCGUGGAUCGCAAGAUCGAAACGCUCCAGCGUGAGAUGCAAUUGAUGGCCGCUCGUAUGCGCGAAAUGGAAACGGUGCUAGGCCACCGUGAUAGCAAUCGAACCACCAACCCUCAGGUAUCCAGCGUGUAUACACCGGCUGCUGCAUCAGCUUCGGGAACGGGAACGACAUCCAGCAGCACCGGUGCCGCGCUUGGUCGCAUUCUCAACCCACCCAAAUCCCCAACAUACAUUGGCCCUACGAGUGCAGAGUUCGGGCUUACCGCGCGCCGUAGGAGUGUCAGUGACGGCGAAGAGUCCAGUCCGUCGGCAUCAGAGGUAAUUCUGACGACUGGGGAUCCUAUCACGGAGCUAGGACUAGCUGAAUCUCUUCGCCUGCUGUCGGUCUACGAGCAGUCGGUGGGCAUCAUGUAUCCUUGUGUCGACCUGGACAGCGUGCGCACGUAUAUCGUUGAUUUCUUUCGUGGGGGUGGUAAUGCAUCAGCAGUGUCCAACGCAACGGACCAGGACUGGUUCUUUGCACGCGAUGCGUCUGUCAUCAAAAUGAUUCUGGCGACGGCCUUGCUAGCGGAAUCACACGGCCGCAGUGAAAGAGCGGCGCAGUUGGCAGACAUUGUGGAGGAUGAGUUUGCUACUCGAGUUAAGAUUGCCGACGUUGAUAUGAAAGAGUUGCUGAUUUUGGCCUUGCUGUCUAUUUUCCAUUCAUACCGUGACGACGAAGUCAUCGCGUGGCGUCAAAUUGGCCUGGCAGUUCGAGGGUCCAUGCAGCUCGGCCUGCACCGACAAGAGACCUGGCUGCGAACCGGCGGUGUCUUUCCUGGUGAGUUGCAAUGCAACUGGGCUAGUCGUCUGUUCUGGUGCAUCUAUGUGCUCGAUCGCAAGUGGUCUUUUGGCACUGGUCUCCCGUUCGCCAUCCAAGACUCGGAUAUGGACACCAAUCUGCCAGAGCCAGGUGCUGCAACCCCGUAUCUUACCUGUAUGAUCAACUACGCCCGGCUGAGCACCAAGAUUUGGGGCUUGGUUGUGGGCUGGCCCAGUCGGCCACGCUCUUCCACGUCCGAUCGUUGCUCUUAUCUCGACUUCCAAGUUCAGCAAUGGAUCCAAUCCAUUCCUCCAGAACUCCGGUUUGAUCCGUCGCAGUUCCAAAGUCCCGGGUCUGACCCGCCUCCUGAUAGCAUAGUGAUGCAGCAGGUUUUGCUGGCUUUACAGGCUAACCAGCUACGCAUCCUGGUAUAUCGCCAAAAUUUGCUGAGCACGGAAAGCAUCGAGGCUGAUUUCUCGGGCGCCUCCGUCGCUGUUGAGACAGCCAAAAGGACUGUGCACAUGCUGGACUGCUUUAGUCGUGUUUCAGUCUUGUACUUCCAGCGCCCAGAGCCGUUUAAUUACUUUCUGCUUUCUGCAUUAGCUGCGUUGUUCCUGGCUGUCCUGCAUGCUCCCAACCGUUUCAGUCAAGUUUGUCGCCCAGAGUUUUAUUCGGCUGUAGAUUUGGUGAGACGAUCAUCAACUAGAGCCCGGACAUCGCGACGACUACAGAAAGUCAUUCGCAGUUUGAAGCUUAUCCCAUUGCAUUGGGAUGGGGGUAAACCACGCACCCAUGAUCAGGGAAAUAAGAAUGCUGCCUCUGCAAGCGCUCAUGCUUAUCAAGCCAGUUCAAUUUCAAACCAUAUGGCACAUACGUCCAAUCCUGUUUCGACAUCUUCUUCACCGCAUAUCCAAUCAGCAAUACACAGUGUUCCCACGGAGCAGCCUUCUACGGCCUGGUCUACAGCGACACCUGUUACUCUCCCAACGGAUACCAAUAAUGGCUGCGAGGACCUGACAAGCUUCUUCGAGCUGGCGGGAGGGCUGUAUUUUGAUCCGCAAAUUGAGACGGAGGUCAACGCAGACGGCAAUGGCCAUGGCGCGUUCGUCCAGACCAGUGAUGCGCGUCUAUCGGAUGCUAUUCACGCGGAGGAUGAGGCAUUGACCAGGGUGAUGGCUGGGCUGCUAUAG